CAGUAAGUAGCUGAGGUCGUUCUAUACAGUUCUGUAAAACAAGAGAAGAAGAAGGAGUGCGACGACGCCGAAGUCAGCUUACGAUUCGACAGUCAAGGGGAACUUUUAAUAUUUAGCGAAUUUCCACAACUCUUACCUUUUAUUCAGAAGUAAAACAAAGGGUACAGUACCCUUUAAGCGGUGUUUCGGAAGCGAACUUCAGCAGCGCGCAGGAGACAUGGCCGCCUACGUGAGGAGCGUGUUGUGCCUGGUGUCCAGAGAGCAACGCUCCUUUCUAACGAGCGACAGCGGCCGUGUGGUUGUGGCGGCCAAACGGUACGUCCGCGGACUGAGGAGGAGACCUGUCGCGGUGUUGUUUCCCGACGACGAGGCGGCUCCGGUGGCGAAGAGCUGCAGGCCCGCAGAGCAGCACGUGCAGAGGGAGAGGAAGGAGCCGGCGGCGGCGGAGCGUCUGGAGGGAAGAGGCCCCGUCGAGGCGAAGGGCAGAGAACACGCACCUGCGAAGUAUGCGUUCAGCAAUGUCACCAAGGACCAAGUGGACGGACUGCGCUUCGAGAGGGCUCUGCCCGGAGAUAAGAGACUGGCGAGGUUAGCGAGCGUCGCCCGUUCCAGGACGUUCCGAGAGCAGCAGGGUAAGAUCCUCCUGGAGGGCAGGCGUUUGAUCUGUGACGCCCUGGAGGCUGGCGCCAGCCCGCAGAUGGUGUUCUUCAGUACAGUGGAUCGGCUGAGGGAGCUGCCCAUAGACAAGCUGAAGAGGGCCACGCUGGUCAAGGUCAAGUUUGAGGACAUCAAGACCUGGUCUGACCUCGUGGCUCCACAGGGGGUGAUCGCCAUAUUUUCCCGUCCGGACCCAUCACGGCUAAACUUCGCAAAUACGGGUCAUUCGGUGCCGUUGUCCCUGAUAUGCGACAAUGUGCGAGACCCAGGCAACCUUGGGACCAUGCUGCGAUGUGCUGCUGCAGCCGGAUGCUACAAUGUCCUGCUCACCAAGGGCUGUGUUGAUGCUUGGGAGCCUAAAGUUCUGCGUGCAGCUAUGGGCGCGCAUUUCCGCCUUCCCAUCUAUCCCAACUUGGCCUGGGGUGAUGUUGAAAGUCAUCUCCCUAAACCCGUGACUGUCCAAGUGGCUGACAGCGGCUGUGGCCGCGACAGAAGUAGAGAAACAGAAGAUUUGCAAGUUAACGUGUCCCACAAACCCUCCAAAGCAGGAGACUAUGGCUGGGUGAGCACAAGGCGCAGUCACAGUAACGUGCGCCAUGAGGAAUACGAUUCUGACUCUGACUCUGACAAUGAGGGACUUUCACUCCCUAGAAUUGACGCCAAGCUGUACCAUGAGAGCUGGGCUCAGAGUCCAACUGCUCUUGUGAUCGGUGGUGAGACGCAAGGUCUAAGUCUAGAAGCAGCCGAGUUGGCUGAGAGGACUGGAGGCCACAGGCUCUUUAUUCCUGUCGUACCUGAUGUGGACAGCUUGAAUUCAGCCAUGGCAGCCAGUAUCCUUUUGUUUGAGGGCAGGAAGCAGCUGUUAAAACUAAUGCAAACAUCUGGAAAGAAAUGGAAAGCUGAUGGGCAGUUUUCAUGAUGUUCCCUGUAAAGAAUUCAUGUUAUUUUUUUUGCCUUGUGCCUUUGUUUAAUAAAAUGGCUCACACUAAAUUAUCUUCAA